AGAAUAAAACAAGAGGAACCAGAAACAUGCAGAAUAAAAAAAGAGGAACAAGGAGAGUACAUUGAAGAAAAAGAGGAAAAUGAAGAAUCAAAUAAUCAAGAGAAGCAGCAUGCAUGUGAUCAAUGCAGUAAAAUGUUUUUAUGGGCUUCACUUCUGAAGAAACACUUGAAAGUUCAUGCAAAGAAGAAGCCACAUUCAUGUCAUUUGUGUGGUAAGAGUUUUUUGCAUCUACAAAGUUUGAAAGAACAUCAGAAAAUACAUGCUGGUGUGAGAGAGUACAUGUGCUUUGGGUGUGAAAAGACUUUUAGUUCAGUGAGCAGUUUAAAACUGCACGAGAGGAUUCACACUGGAGAGAAACCUUACAAGUGUUCACACUGUGACUGGAGAUUCAGUCAUCUAUCAAAUCUGAAAAGACACGAGAGGAUUCACACUGGAGAGAAACCUUACAAGUGUUCACACUGUAACAAGAGAUUCAGUGAUUCGACACUUCUGAAAACACAUGAGAGGAUCCACACUGGAGAGAAACCUUACAAGUGUUCGCACUGUGACAAGCGAUUCAUUCAGUCAGCAGAGCUGAAAACACAUGAGAGGAUCCACACUGGAGAGAAACCUUACAAGUGUUCACACUGUGACAAGAGAUUCAGUAAUUCGACACGUCUGAAAACACAUGAGAGGAUCCACACUGGUGAGAAACCUUACAAGUGUUCACAUUGUGACAAGAGAUUCAGUGAUUCAACACAUCUGAAAACACAUGAGAGGAUCCAUACUGGAGAGAAACCUUACAAGUGUUCACACUGUGACAAGCGAUUCUUUCAGUCAGCAGAGCGGAAAACACAUGAGAGGAUCCACACUGGAGAGAAACCUUACAAGUGUUCACACUGUGACAAGAGAUUCCGUAUUACAUUGAGUCUGAAAAGACAUGAGCGGACCCACACUGGAGAGAAACCUUACAAGUGUUCACACUGUGACAAGAGAUUCAGUGUUACAUCGAGUCUGAAAAGACAUGAGAGCAUUCACACUGGAGAGAAACCUUACAAGUGUUCACACUGUGACUGGAGAUUCAUUCGUACAGGAAAUCUGAAAAGACAUGAGAUGAUUCACACUGGAGAGAAACCUUACAAGUGUUCACACUGUGACAAGAGAUUCAGUGAUUCAACAUGUCUGAAAACACAUGAGAGGAUCCACACUGGAGAGAAACCUUACAAGUGUUCACACUGUGACAAGAGAUUCAGUGAUUCGACACGUCUGAAAACACAUGAGAGGAUCCACACUGGAGAGAAACCUUACAAGUGUUCACACUGUGACAAGAGAUUCAGUGAUUCGACAUGUCUGAAAACACAUGAGAGGAUCCACACUGGAGAGAAACCUUACAAGUGUUCACACUGUGACAAGAGAUUCAGUGUGUCAUCAAGUCUGAAAACACAUGAGAGGAUUCACACUGGUGAGAAACCUUAUAAAUGUUCACACUGUGACAAGAGAUUCAGUCGUUCAGGAAAUCUGAAAACACAUGAGAGGAUUCACACUGGAUAGAAAGCACAUCACCGCAAUGUACGUGAGAAGUGUUCCUUUAUGUCAUCUGUUACACACAGUCAUACAAAAAACAAUCACAGUAAGGCCCCGUACACGCGGAGACACAUUUAGUUGUAUAUGUAAAUAUUUUGUAUGGUAUAUGUGUUUCGUCCAGACGGAUCCAGCAUUUUGGGAGAGUGAAUUCAUUUUUUUUUUAACCGGGUCCCAGAGUGGAUAAAUCUGAAAAUGACACCUUUUUUGCUUUUAAUAAUAAUAAUAAUAAUAAUUCUUUACAUUUAUAUAGCGCUUUUCUAGACA